AUGCAAAAAACAGGACAUAAAAAGCAUACCGCAACUGUUUACCUGAAAUCUAAUCAGUUUCAGCAAGUCACGCCCAAAAAUCUCUGCCUAGCGGAAGCCGACGUCCAAAUCACCCUUCUCGCUCUGAGUUAUGAUUACGUUGCUACAGCUACAAACGCAUCGAAAUUGCUUGCAUUCGUUACCUAUCUUUACAACAACCAGCUUCCACACCCCUCCAGUCUACCCGACUGCCCGUUGCCGUCCAGUCGGGAUCAAAUUGGAGUUAUUUACCUUUCGGCUAUUUGCCACCCCCACCUCUCCUCUCUUCACAUUCACACUUUCCCCCUCCAUUCUAAAACGACUACGUGCUCUCAAAUUCUGGCAACCAAACAGACUAUACGCAUGAUUUUUUUGCCCUAUUAA